ACGAUGCAUCAGAGGCUUUACAUGGGCCAAAUUCAAGGCGUUCUAUAUCCUGCUUUUGACAAUCAAGAGAUUUAAGAAAGCAAUAUCAACCUUCAGUACUGAAGUCACUUAUCUGACAUUUUCAAUAAGAUUUCAAAAAAGAAACAAUGUCGCAGGAGAAAUUCAGAGGUUUUAAGAUCGACAGUCUGAAAGAAGCACUGGAACUGAGUGGUGCCAGGAAUAAGUUUCUGCUUGAAUCUCAGUUAAAGAACACCAAAGCUGAGAAUGAAAAUUUCUUGACAGAGGUUCACACCCUCCAGGAAAAUGAGAAAAUCUUAUUUCAAAAUAACAAGAGUCUCUGUGAUGAACUAGCCCAUCUCCAAAGGGUGACUGAGAUAAAACAUGAGGAGAUUGGAAAUCUGACGAGAAAAAUAUUCAAGCUUGAGGAUCAGGUGAAGGAGGCUGAAGAUCAACGGGCCCAAGUGGAGUCUGUGGAGGCAAAAAUGCAGGCAGAGAUUGAAAGACUGAAUUCUGCACAGCAUGAUCUUCAAGAAAAGCGUGAUUCUCUCCUGGAUCAGAACAAGCGUAUUGCUGCUGAGCUGGUCCAGGUUGAAAGCCAGAGAGACAAACAAAAGGAGGAGAUUUUAAAGCUUCUGAAAGCUGUCCGAGAACUGUUAGACCAACGGGCAAAGGCUGAAGAUGAUAAUCGGGCCCAAGUGUUGUCUGUGGAGGCAAAAAUGCAGGCAGAGAUUGAAAGACUGAACUCUGCACUCCGUGAUCUUCAAGAAAAGCGCAAUUCUCUCCUGGAUCAGAACAAGCGUGUUGCUGCUGAGCUGGUCCAGGUUGAAAGCCAGAGAGAUGAACAAAAGGAGGAGAAUUUAAAGCUUCUGAAUGCUGUCCGAGAUCUUGAAGACCAACGGGCAAAGGCUGAAGAUGAUAAACGGGCCCUAGUGGAGUCUGUGGAGGCAAAAAUGCAGGCAGAGAUUGAAAGACUGAAUUCUGCACGGCAUUAUCUUCAAGAAAAGCACGAUUCUCUCCUGGAUCAGAACAAGCAUGUUAUUGCUGAGCUGGUCCAGGUUGAAAGCCAGAAAGGUGAACAAAAGGAGGAGAUUUUAAGGCUUAUGAAAGCUAACAGAAACCUUGAAGACCAAUGGGCAAAGGCUGAAAAAGAUAAGCAGGCCCUAGUGGAGUCUGUGGAGGCAAAAAUGCAGGCAGAGACUGAAAGACUGAAUUCUGUACUGCAUGAUCUUCAAGAAAAGCACGAUUCUCUCCUGGAUCAGGACAAGAGCAUUGUUGCUCAUCUGGUCCAGGUCGAAAGAAAGAGAGAUGAACAACAGAAGGAGAUUUUACAGCUUGUGAAUUCUAUCACAGAUCUUGAAGGCCAAUUGAAAAAGGCUGAAAAAGAUAAAUGGGCACAAGUGGAGUCUGUGGAGGCAAAGAUGGAGGCAGAGAUUAAAAGACUGAAUUCUGCACUGCAUGAUCUUCAGGAAAAGCACGAUUCUCUCCUAGAUGACAACAAGAGCAUUGCUGCUGAGCUGGUCCAGGUUGAAAGCCAGAGAGAUGAACAAAAGAAGGAGAUUUCUAAACAUGUAAAAGCUAUCACAGAUCUUGAAGACCAACGGGCAAAGGCUGAAGAUGAUAAACGGGCCCAAGUGGAGUCUGUGGAGGCAAAAAUGCAGGCAGAGAUUGAAAGACUGAAUUCUGCACUGCAUGAUCUUCAAGAAAAGCGCGAUUCUCUCCUGGAUCAGAACAAGCGUGUUAUUGAUGAGCUGGUGCGGGUUAAAAGCCAGAAAGGUGAACAAAAGGAGGAGAUUUUAAGGCUUAUGAAAGCUAACAAAAACCUUGAAGACCAAUGGACAAAGGCUGAAAACGAUAAGCAGGCCCUAGUGGAGUCUGUGGAGGCAAAAAUGCAGGCAGAGACUGAAAGACUGAAUUCUGUACUGCAUGAUCUUCAAGAAAAGCACGAUUCUCUCCUGGAUGACAACAAGAGCAUUGCUGCUGAGCUGGUCCAGGUUGAAAGCCAGAGAGAUGAACAAAAGGAGGAGAAUUUAAAGCUUCUGAAUGCUGUCCGAGAUCUUGAAGGCCAACGGGCAAAGGCUGAAGAUGAUAAACGGGCCCAAGUGGAGUCUGUGGAGAUAAAAAUGCAGGCAGAGAUUGAAAGACUGAACUCUGCACUGCAUGAUCUUCAAGAAAAGCACGAUUCUCUCCUGGAUGACAACAAGAGCAUUGCUGCUGAGCUGGUCCAGGUUGAAAGCCAGAGAGAUGAACAAAAGAAGGAGAUUUCUAAACAUGUAAAAGCUAUCACAGAUCUUGAAGACCAACGGGCAAAGGCUGAAGAUGAUAAACGGGCCCAAGUGGAGUCUGUGGAGGCAAAAAUGCAGGCAGAGAUUGAAAGACUGAAUUCUGCACUGCAUGCUCUUCAAGAAAAGCGGGAUUCUCUCCUGGAUCAGAACAAGUGUGUUAUUGAUGAGCUGGUGCGGGUUAAAAGCCAGAAAAGUGAACAAAAGGAGGAGAUUUUAAGGCUUAUGAAAGCUAACAGAAACCUUGAAGACCAAUGGACAAAGGCUGAAAACGAUAAGCAGGCCCAAGUGGAGUCUGUGGAGGCAAAAAUGCGGGCAGAGACUGAAAGACUGAAUUCUGCACUGCGUGAUCUUCAAGAAAAGCGCGAUUCUCUCCUGGAUCAGAACAAGCGUGUUAUUGAUGAGCUGUUCCAGGUUAAAAGCCAGAAAGGUGAACAAAAGGAGGAGAUUUUAAGGCUUAUGAAAGCUAACAGAAACCUUGAAGACCAAUGGGUAAAGGCUGAAAAAGAUAAGCAGGCCCUAGUGGAGUCUGUGGAGGCAAAAAUGCAGGCAGAGACUGAAAGACUGAAUUCUGUACUGCAUGAUCUUCAAGAAAAGCACAAUUCUCUCCUGGAUCAGGACAAGAGCAUUGUUGCUCAUCUGGUCCAGGUCGAAAGAAAGAGAGAUGAACAACAGAAGGAGAUUUUACAGCUUGUGAAUUCUAUCACAGAUCUUGAAGACCAAUUGAAAAAGGCUGAAAAAGAUAAAUGGGCCCAAGUGGAGUCUGUGGAGGCAAAGAUGGAGGCAGAGAUUAAAAGACUGAAUUCUGCACUGCAUGCUCUUCAGGAAAAGCACGAUUCUCUCCUGGAUGACAGCAAGAGCAUUGUUGCUCAUCUGGUCCAGGUUGAAAGCCAGAGAGAUGAACAACAGAAGGAGAUUUUAAAGCUUAUGAAAUCUAACAGAGACCUUGAAGACCAACAGGCAAAGGCUGAAGAAGAAAUAAUGCAGAAGGAAAAUGAACUAGAAAAACAGAGCAGAAUAAUUGCAGAUAAGCAGGAGCAGAUAAAUGAUCUGAAUAAAGCCAGAGAGAUUACAAGAUGGAUAACCGAAGAUCUUAAGGAUCAGCUGAGUUUGCUCCAGGAGGAACAGACAUUGGCUGAUUUAAGAGAGGUACACGAAACUGCUGCAUCUGAAGAAAUGGAGGAUCCUGUUGCAAACCUGCCUCCUAACAUGGUUCAAAAUAGUGGUUCAUGGUCUCACUGUGCCAAAUGCCUACUUAAACUAGGUUUAGGUCUAAUUCCUGCAGCUAUUGUGUCAGCCUCAGUGUAUUACAGCUACAACGCACGUACUGACUGUUCUCCUUGAGACAUCGUCAACAAUCUCUUCAAUCCCUUCCGCAAAUUUGAAUAUAUACCACCUCCCAUUUAAAGAAUGGAAUGGUGUUUUCCAUCUACAGUCCAGAGAGCCUUAUGUUGCUAAUAUUAUGCAAGUGAAAGUAGAUGUGUGUGUGUGUUCUUUUCCUUUUACCCCCAACCAGUCACAGCAGAUGACUGCCCCGCCCUGAGCCUGGAUCUGCUGGAGGUUUCAAGGGAGUUUUUCCUUCCCACUGUCACCAAGU